AUGGCCGGUGAGACGGGGGGGCGUGGUUGUUGGACCGGUGUGCCGCGUCUCGACGACCACGCCCUGCUCCUUCAGGCUGCUGCGGGUGGAUUCAGGAGCCUGCUCAGCAGGACUCAGCCCUUCCAGCCGUCCAGAUCGGACCUCUGGAUCGACACAGGAAACCAGGGUGAGGUUUGGACGACAGCUCGUGUCUCGCUGGCUCAUGCGGUGCAGGCGUCCCAUCAUGACAGCGGUUUGCUCAGAGAGCAGCUGGAGGAGGAGCAGGAGGCCAGGGCUGAGCUGCAGAGGGAGCUGUCGAAAGCCAACGGCCAGGUGGUCCAGUGGAGAGCAAAAGAAGAAGUUGGUUGUCAACUGCAGACAGUUGGUGAAGCUGUGGAGAUGUCUCAUGCCAAAUGUUCCUCACUGGAGAAAACCAAACAGAGUAUGCAGACAGAGAUUGAAGACCUGGUGGUUGAACUGGAACGAACCAACGCUGCUGCUCUGGCUCUGGACAAGAGGCAACGCAACUUCGACAAGUUGUUGAGUGACUGGAAGCUGAAGUUUGAGGAGAGUCAGACAGAUCUGGAGGCGUCGCAGAAAGAGUCGCGCAGUCUGAGCACCGAGCUCUUCAAACUGAAGAACUGCUAUGAAGAAGCUCUGGACCAACUGGAGACAGUUAAAAGAGAAAACAAGAACCUGCAAGAGGAGAUAAUGGACAUGACGGAUCAGAUCAGUCAGGGAGGGAAGAACAUCUAUGAGCUGGAGAGAAUGAAGAAGAUCCUCGAUGUGGAGAAGAGUGACCUCAGAACAGCACUGGAGGAAGCAGAGGGUACUCUGGAGCAUGAGGAGAGUAAGACAUUGAGAUUUCAGAUGGAGCUGCAGCAGAUAAGGAGUGAGAUCGAGCGCAAGAUUAGAGAGAAAGAUGAAGAGAUCGACAACCUCAGGCGGGGUCACCAGCGCUCCCUGGAGACCAUGCAGGCCAGUUAUGAGGCGGAGGUUCGUAGCCGCAGUGAGGCCGUCCGUCUGAAGAAGAAGAUGGAGUGUGACCUAAACGAGAUGGAGGUUCAGCUGGGACACGCUAACAGACAGGCAGCCGAGAGCCAGAGGAUCAUCAGACACCUACAGACACAGGUUAAAGAGCAUCAGGUGGAUCUGGAAGAUAAGGUCCAGUUGGCCAAUCAGCUUAGAGAACAGAUCAUCCUGUUGGAGCGACGUUGUUCACUGAUGACGGCUGAGGAGGAGGAGCUGCGUGGGAUCCUGGAACAAACCGAACGCGUCCGCAAGAUGGCCGAACACGAGCUGGUGGAGGUCAUAGACAGAGUUAACCUGCUCGCUACACAAAACACAGGUCUGAUGAACCAGAAGAAGAAGCUGGAGGCUGAUCUGGCUGUGCUGACAGAAGAGGUGGACGAGGCCAUGCAGGAGAGUCGCAGUGCUGAGGAGAAAGCCAAGAAGGCCAUCACUGAUGCGGCUCUGAUGGCGGAGGAGCUGAAGAAGGAGCAGGACAGCAGCAAUAUGAUUGAGAGAAUUAAGAAGAACAUGGUGUCCACAGUGAAAGAGCUGCAGGUCAAACUGGAUGAGACGGAGCAGAUGGCGCUGAAGGGAGGAAAGAAACAGCUCAAUAAACUGGAGACAAGAGUGAGGGAUCUGCAGACGGAGCUGAUGAUGGAGCAGAAGAAGAGCGACGAGUAUCAGAAAGGAUUCCGCCGCUACGAGAAGAGAGUCAAAGAACUGACGUAUCAGUCAGAAGAGGACAGGAAGACUCUGCUGAGGAUGCAGGAGCUCGUCGAUAAGCUUCAGAGCAAAGUCAAGAGCUACAAGAGACAAGCAGAGAACGCUGAGGAGCAUGUGAGCUGCAGCACGGUACGUUUCAGGAAAGUCCAACACGAGCUGGACGACGCCGAGGAGAGAGCCGACAUGGCCGAGACGAACGUCAACAAGUUGCGGAUUCGGACCCGCGAACAGACGAGCAAAGUGGUCAUGAUCAUUGAAUGAAGCUCUGCUCUUCUUCAAACACCAUCAAUGUUCAUGGUUUUAGUGUGAUGUUUGAUUGCUGUGUGUUUCAGUCUGAUGUGAUGGGGGGGGGCUGCAUUGCAUCUACUUUAAUGUAACCAUAUGUUUCUAUAUGUCUCCACAGUAAAGCAUUGUGAACAGGUUUGAACGGGAAGUGUCGAGGGCAGCGAGUAUGCACCAUAGCUGGUAUUCAGUGACGAUGCAGGUUUGUAGUACUGAACAGCAGAGUUACGUUGAGCUGCUGAAAGUAACAUUUUGUAGCUAUUUUACCUUAAAAUUUAGCUUCAAAAUCAUUUUGAUGCUCCACUGAGAAUUGUGCCUAAAUUGAUUUUGAUGAAACUGGAUCAUAUUUUAUGGAGAAAAUGUCCUCCGGCUGCUCUGCCUCGACUUCUGGUGAUUCAAGAGUUUCCUGACAGAAAGCUUUACUUGUUGCUAAAGUAACGCUAACUGCUGCGAACAUUAGCUAUCGUCCGAUCGUUAGCUGUUGCACUUGCUUGAUGUAUUUUCUGAGAUAACAAAGACUCGCUAGUUUUCGAUCAUUCAUAAGUAAUGUAAUCGUAACAAAUGCACGUGUAAUGUUACAGCUGUCCAGGAUUACUACAGCAUGUACGAGCUAAUUGCACUCUGAAACUAUAGAGGCGCUAAAUUACGAAUCAUGUUGCUUUUAUGCUAAUCUUUGUCAGACAGUACUGAGUGAAUUAGUAACAUUAUUUGAGGUUGUAAUGCUUAAAUCACUGGU